AUGGAUGCCCAACCGGCCUUCCGUGAGCUCACCCAAAGAUUGCGCAGCCUUGAAGGUCUCGUCAAAGAAUUGAGUGGUCAGCUCGAGCAGGCACAGUCUGCUUUUGCCUCUGCUGAACGGACCGAGUCGUCUGAACUCAACUCUCCUGCAAGAUCUGAUGAGGCCAGCAGCACAAAUACAAGCCAUGUUGGCAGACUGCUACAAUCUCACAGUGCUGACGACUCUCAGUUGCAGUUUGGCCGGCUUGUCCUUCAGGAUUCGAAUCGCAAUCACUAUGUGAGCAGCGGCUUCUGGUCUAGAGUCAAUGAUGAGUUGAACGGCCUGAGGGAAAGUUCGGUCGAUUUGGCUGGAGAGGGUUCCGGUAGUUCAGAAGAUGAAAUUUCGGCUGGUCAAUCACCUGCUGCCACGCGCGAACUGGAAAGGACGCCAUUAGAGCGUCAUGCGUUCUUGUUCCGACACAACCUGAGUACUCCGACACAUGACCUACGCGAAUUCCACCCGAUGCCUUCCCAGAUACCGUUCCUCUUAGACACAUUCGCCGAGAAUGUCAAUUUUAUGCUACAAAUCGUACACGUCCCCACAGUCCGGAAGAUGGUCAGAGAAAUACCCAACGGCGACCUCACCCGCUUGACUCCUGCCAACCAAGCCCUGAUGUUCUCUAUUUACUACGCUACUGUAACCGCUAUGGAAGAAGACGAUGUAGUGACCAACUUCGGACAAUCCAAAUCGGACCUCAAUCUCAAGUAUCGUAUUGGUCUAGAGUAUGCACUUGCAAAGGCGGAUUUCCUCAACAACCCGGAACUCACCAUCGUUCAGGCCCUUUCUGUCUUUCUCUGCCUCGUCGGUCGAUACGACAGUCCGAAGUAUUGUUGGAUGAUGGCUGGAAUCGUGAUCAGGAUGUCCCAAUUCCUUGGCCUGCAGCGGGAUGGGACCAAUCUGGAAGGUUUGACACCUUUUGAGAUCGAGAUCCGGCGAAGGGUCUGGUGGGCUGUAUGCAAUCUCGACUUGAAAGCCUCUGAAGACCAGGGAACCGAUUUGGCCAUCAAGAUUGGCACAUUUGAUACAAAGUUUCCUCUCAACAUCAACGACGCAGAUAUCGAUGUCGAUACCAAAGAUAUGCCAGUAGCACGCGAGGGUGUGACAGACAUGACCUUUGCCUACAUCUGUGCUGGCCUAUGCGAUGUGACGAAGCAACUCCUCGCAUCCCCCGUCAGCACAGACGCAGCUGGCUUAGAACGGCAAAACCACCUGGUCAAUGGAAUCUAUCGGACAUUCGAGGAAGGCUACCUUCGUCAUAGCGAGGAGGCUGGCGACAUUAACUAUUGGGUCUCGGUGACCAUCGCGCGACUCGUCAUGGCCAAAUUGAGACUGAUGUCAUUUCUCCCCAUCCUCUUCUCCGACCAAAGCGAAACCUUUUCAGAUGAGCUCAGGACCAAUCUCAUGAUAUCGGCCUUAGAAAUCAUUGAGUACAAUCACGCCCUAAAUUCGGAAGAACGAUGUCGGAAAUGGCGCUGGAUAUUCCAAAUCUACUCCCACUGGUAUGCCAUUGUGUAUCUCAUGAUCGAGCUCUCUCGCCGCCCGUGGUCGCCCACCAUUGAACGGGGAUGGGUGGCCCUCCAUAGCAAUUGGCUACUGCCAAUUAAGACCGUGUCGAACAAAAAGCUACGCAUUUGGGUACCAUUUCGCAGGUUGAUGGCUACAGUCCGCAAGCAUCGUGUGGCUGAGCUUCAUCGACUAAAGUCAGACCCUGAUGCAGCUGCUGGCUUGGAGCAAGCAGAUAGAAAUAUGCCAGUGCCGACGAGUUCCGGGGUGUUGCCAUCCGUGUCCACACCUGAACAUUUCAGGGAACACUGGCGUCAAUUGGUAGCUGUACCGAAGCAGUCAGCCUCUCAUGCCGUCGCUCGCGACUCGUCAACAUGCGCAGAUUGCACUCAUCCGUCAGGCGAGGGCCACCUCACAACUUCCGAACCAGGAUAUUUCGCAUCUGCCACGAAUUUCGAUCCAAUGUAUUCUACAUCAGACGAGCAAGCAAGAAGACAAAUCCAGGCCACCAGCCAUCCUAGACACCUGGAAGCAACACACUCAAUACACGCGCUCAAUCAACCUACGUCCUGGGAACAGGCACGACCUGGACCGUCAAACAACCCGUUCCCAGCAGUAUCUUCAGAGUGGCUGAACGUGCUGCCCCUGGACGGGCCGGGCCCAGCAGCUUGGCUGUGGGACACCCCGGAACCCGAUCCGACAGUCGACCCCUUCUCUGGAACUGAAGUAAACACUGACAUCGAGAUGGAUUUGAGCGGCAAUGUCAACUGGUAUAGUUGGGUCGAAGCGGCGGAGGGUUGGGGUUGGGAUUCGAAUGCGGCUGCAAAUGCGGAUCCGAGUGGUGGAAAUGGUCUGUCAUGGUCAUGA